AAAAUGUUAUCAAAUGAAAGACACAAACAAACAGUUUGUUUGAGAUUUCAAUCAAUUGAAUGAUAACGACGUGAAGAUAACGAGCGAAGAGAUGGCGGAACCAAUUGGUGACAAAGUGAAGAUCGAAGACAUGUCUGAGGGAGAGAUCGUGGACUCGGAAGAGGACACCGAUCGGCAGUUGUAUUGCAUUUGUCGGACUUCAGACACGAAUCGGUUUAUGAUUGGAUGCGAUAAAUGCGAGGAAUGGUUUCACGGGAACUGCAUUGCCAUCACUCAAGAGUACGCCAAACGGAUCAAACACUUCUAUUGUCUCAUGUGUCGCGACAAAGACCCCUCUCUCGCCAUUAUAUACAAAGACAACAAAAAGCAAACCAAUCGCAAGAAGGAGACGAUAGAGCCCACUGUCGGCCACUCUGUCAGACCGCCCGUAACCAGUGAUGCAGACGCUGUCCCUAAGAAUUACGAAAGAGAUCCCGACUAUAACCCGACGGAUCAAAAGGCCGUCAAAAGGUAUUUCGAGUCGGAAGAGGAGGAGGAGGACGACGACGACUGUUACCGACCAUUGGCUGAAGAGAAGAGAACCAAAAAGGAGAAGACAAACAGAAGAAAGGGUCGACCCGUCGGUCCCGAAAAGAACACAAAGAAGGAUAAAAGGGGUCGAAAGCCGUCGCGAAACUCGACGGUUCGGUCGCGACAUCGAAAGAAAGCGGAGACAACGAAGAAGACACACAAAACGAGAAAAGAGCACACGAUUGAAGUGGAAACGGGUCCCAAACAGUGUUACGGUCCGGGAUGUCUGGCCGUCGCCCGAAAGGCCUCCAAAUACUGUAGCGACGAAUGCGGCGUCAAAUUGGCCACCAAUCGGAUCAUCGAAAUACUGCCGCAUCGGAUCAGACAAUGGCAGAGCACUCCCUGCGAGGCCGACGAACGCAGCCAUAAGACACUGGAAACGAUACGUACGGAACAACAGGAGGCGCGAAGAAUACUCAACGAUUUGGAUCAACGGCAGAAAGAUCUGGAGAUUCUAAUAACAAAGGGUAAAAACACUGCUCCCAUGACUGAAGAGGAAUCAAACGAAGCGGACAAUGAGGGCGAGACUGAACUCAGCAUAUAUUGCGUGAGCUGUGGUCACGAAAUCAAUCAAAAACUGGCGCUCAAACAUAUGGAGAGAUGUUAUAACAAAUACGAGAGCCAAACAUCGUUUGGUUCUAUAUUUAAGACUAAAAUAGAGGGACAGACAGUGUUUUGCGAUGUCUAUAAUCCACAGCAACGAACUUAUUGCAAACGUUUACGCCUUCUCUGUCCGGAACACUCGAAAGACCCGAAAAUAGCGGACGACGAGGUGUGCGGCUCGCCGUUGGCCUCCGAGAGCUGUCCGUUCGAACAUUCCGGUCGUUUCUGUCGUGUAUUGAAGAAGAAAUGCAAUAAACAUCACAUGUGGGAGAAGUUCCGUAGGGCUGAGUUGGACGCCGAACGCAUCCAACAGUGGCUCAAACUCGACGACCUCUUGGAGAGGGAGCAGAAGUUCCGCUACUGUAUGGCCAACAGACACGGCAUUCUCGGCCUUAUGUUACACCAGACUAUAGUACACGACGAGAAUGACUCACAACUCCAUUGACGCACUUGAAUACCACAAAACGAUCCAUCAUUUCAUUUCACAAACAUUAACAUCGACUCAAACCACA